AUGAAUCCAAUGACUUCAUCAGGCCCCGUGGCCAACUCUGCGUUUAUGGUGACACCCCAAAAUGCAUAUAUUGUGCUCCCAGGGGACACAUCUCAGGUGCCCCUACAUCCAAACUACCAGCCCCAAGUCCAGGUAAUUCAUGGGAACACACCUGGUUUGGGACCAUCUAUGAGUCAGCAACCUGCCGAGAAAGCCCUGAAAGAAGGCAAAGUCUUAGGGGCCAUCCAGAUCCUGAUUGGCGUGAUUCACUUCGGCCUUGGCCUUGUCAUGGUGUCCUUCUUGAGUGUUACCACUGUCUCAUUGUACACAGGCUUUCCCUUGUGGGGAGGCAUCUGGUUCAUCAUUUCAGGAUCCCUCUCAGUGUCAGCAGAAAAGAAUCCAAGAUCUUCUUGCCUGCUGAACAGCAGCUUGGGCUUGAACAUCAUCAGUGCAAUCUGCUCUGUGGUUGGAAUCAUAGUGUUCAUCAUUGAUUUAAGUAUCGCCACCCCCUACAGCUACCCCGGCAGGUAUCCUGACACUCCCAGCUGGGUGGUGAUUCCCGGAAUGGCAGUUUCUGGUGUGCUGCUCAUCUUCUGCCUCCUGGAGUUCUGCAUUGCAAGUGCCGCUGCACACUUUGGCUGCCAGCUGGUCUGCUACCAGCCCAACAAUGUGGGCAUGGUCCACCCAAAUGUCUAUGUGACAAACCCAGUGGUCAUCCCAGAACCAGUGAACUCACCACCGAAUUAUUCCAAGGUCCAGGACACCAAAUAA